AAAUUUUGAAGGAGUGAAGGACUACACUGCUGUCCGGUAUAAAUUAUAAAAUAUAAAAAACAAUUUUUUGGCAACAGACCUCUUAAUAAAUCACAACAAACAAAAUACUUUGAUUAACUCCCUCCUUUUAAUUAAUCAAGUAUUUGCUGAUGGCAACGACGUCAUUUCUGUCUCCGACGCAGCGGUAUGCAGCCGGUGCACUAUUCGCAAUUGCUCUUCACCAGGCUCAGAUCCACCAGACUCGCCCGUUGGGCGUGCCCACAGAAGAAGACUCAUCUGAGGACCGAACCAGUUGUAGUAGUAGCAGUGACUCCGUCUCCGAGGACCCUGAACUUUGGGUCCAUGAAAAUUCGGGUCUGCUCCGCCCUGUUUUCAGUUUUCUGCAGAUUGAUUCAGCAGCAUGGCUUGGACUUGAGGAAACAGCUGGAUCUUCUCCUGUUCAGAAUCAUGUUGGAGCUUUUUUGAGGUUGCUCUCAGUAGAAAGUGAUGAUAGUUCUUCCCAGAGUUCAGAUCAGGAAUUAGCCUUGGCAAAAGCGAUUGAUGUUACAGCACGCAGCCUAGAGACAAAUUCUGAAUCUUUUAAGUCCAAGAAAGAGAAACAUCAAGAAUAUGAAGUUGAAUGUCGUGAGAAAUGUUCCACUGCUGAAACGCAGUCACUCUCUGAAUCAGUAAAUAGGCACAUGACCACUCAGCAGGAUUCAGAGAGUAAUAUGUCCGAAGGUGCUCCUUUUGGUUCUGGCAGUAAUGUUGAUGAUGAGAGACCCAUUGAAGAGGAAACAAACCUCGGUUAUCAGAGGAAAGUUACAGUUCUUUAUGAACUUCUAUCAGCUUGUCUAGCAGAUGCACCUGAAGAUAGCAAAAAAAUUAACCAGCGAAGAAAGGGUUAUGAUGCUCGACAUCGUGUGGCUCUUCGAUUGCUGGCAACGUGGCUUAAUAUCAAUUGGAUAAAAAUGGAAGCCAUAGAGAUGAUGGUCGCUUGCUCUGCAAUGGCUUUAAGAAAAGCAGAAGAAUCAAAGGAAGAAGCCAAUUCACCCAAAAGCAAAUGGGCUAAAUGGAAGCGUGGUGGUAUUAUUGGUGCAGCUGCAUUAACUGGAGGAACCUUGAUGGCAAUAACUGGCGGAUUAGCUGCUCCAGCGAUUGCUGCUGGAUUUGGUGCUCUAGCUCCAACAUUGGGCACUCUCAUCCCUGUUAUUGGAGCAAGUGGGUUUGCUGCAGUUGCUAGUGCUGCUGGAACUGUUGCUGGUUCUGUUGCCGUUGCUGCAUCAUUUGGAGCUGCUGGAGCUGGACUUACGGGGAGUAAAAUGGCUAGGAGAACUGGAAGCGUUGAUGAAUUCGAAUUCAAACCUAUCGGAGAAAGUAAUAAUCAAGGCCGGCUAGCAGUUGAAAUCUUCAUCUCUGGAUUAGUUUUUAAUGAGGAAGAUUUUAUAAGGCCUUGGGAAGGAAAAGAUGACAAUAUGGAGAGGUAUGCACUGCAGUGGGAGUCCAAAAAUCUCAUUGCAGUGAGCACUGCAAUUCAGGAUUGGCUUACUUCAAGCAUAGCUAUGGGGUUAAUGAAGCAAGGCGCAAUGUUGACUGUAUUAAACUCACUUUUAGUAGCAUUGGCUUGGCCAGCAACUUUAGUUUUAGCUGCUGAUCUUAUAGAUAGCAAAUGGACAAUUGCUGUGAACAGGUCAGACAAAGCAGGGAGGCUGCUAGCUGAGGUGUUACUGAAAGGACUGCAAGGGAACAGGCCUGUGACCCUUAUAGGUUACUCACUUGGAGCUCGUGUAAUAUUUAAGUGUCUUGAAUAUUUGGCCGAGACUGAACGCAAUGCUGGAAUUGUAGAACGAGUUGUUCUUCUUGGAGCACCCAUCUCAAUUAAAGAUCAGAACUGGGAAGCUGUAAGAAAGAUGGUGGCCGGAAGAUUUGUUAAUGCUUAUUCCACAAAUGAUUGGAUGCUUGGACUUUCUUUCCGAGCAAGUCUAUUUUCACAAGGAUUAGCUGGAAUUCAAGCCAUUGAUGUUCCUGGGAUUGAGAAUGUUGAUGUAACCCAUCUCAUUGAAGGCCACUCUUCCUAUCUAUGGGCAACGCAGCAGAUACUGGAUCGUCUUGAACUAGAUACUUAUUAUCCUGUUUUCAGAAGCGAUCUAGACAACAAGUAGGAGUUUCCCAACAUACAGUUUCUGCUUCUACCAUUACUGCCUCUUCUUGGAUGAGUUUCGCAACUCGAAGCUCAUUGUAAAUUAUGAUAAAUAAAAUAUAAGGUCUGAUACAACAUUGAAAUCAUUGAAAGAAUGAUAUUCAAGUUUCUGUAUCAUGAGAGUGAGUUAACCCUAUUCAUAGAGAUUAGAGAUGUUUGAUUCUUAGGUGAAAGACCACAGUAAACAUUACAUGUAAACUUUCUUCAUUCUAAAUUUGUGUGGAUUAAUCUUAUAAAGAAGUAAAUAAUAAAAGAAUGGAUGAGAUGGUCGCUUAUCCAACUUCACUAA